CCCGCCUCCCUGUGGCGCGCUCCAUUUGAAAACGUGGAAGUUUAAAGUCGCCCCCACUUUUUGGGGAAAAUAUACAAGCCACAACUUCAGGCUUGAGAAAGCAUCCACUCAUUUCCACCUGAGCAUAAUUCGGCACCAUUACAAUUAUGAUAAAUGUAGCAGUAAGAAUUGAAACCAUAUUUUGCUUUCAUUCGCUGUCUUCGAUGAUGGCCGUACAAGCACCUACAAAAGUAAUCAUUUUAUUGAGUAAAGAUCACAUUUUGGUAUUAAACUCAAGCCGUAGUAAAGCAUAAAAUGUUGCAUUUAAAUAGAAGGUCAUAAACUAGUAUAAAAUAUCAAUAAAUAGUGCCGUAAAAAAGGUACUCCUAAAAUGAGAUUCGGAUCUGAGGUUGGUGAAGGCGAAUCUGUGCAUUCUCCCGAUGAAAGCACGACUCUACAUUUGUUAGGUGCGUGUGUGUUUCGUCACCUCGUGGCUGCUGUCAAGAGACAAAACAAAAAACCCCGCGAGGAGGUGAUGGCCUAGCGUCUGAUGAGGAUGAGGAUGUUACGCCUCCACACAGACACACGCACAUCCAUUGUCCUGCCUUUCAAAUGCACCUGCAUUAAAAAAUGGAUUAAAUGUCUUUUCAAAAAAUGACUUUGAGUGUCAAAUCGUAAGGCCGCAAACAUGUUCAAGUGGAGAGAGAAAGAUAUUGGAAAAAUGAGCAGAAACGGCAAAGACUGAUUUCUUCACUCACGCUGAAAGAGUGUUCGGUUGCCAUGGCCUCUGCUGCUCUGGAGCUGGUCGGCUUCUUCCUGGGCAUGGUGGGCCUUCUGGGCAGCCUGGUGUCCACGGUGCUCCCCUUCUGGGAGAAUACGGCGCACAUCGGCUCCAACAUCGUGACAGCUUCGGGCACCAUGAAGGGCCUGUGGAUGGAGUGCGUCCACCAGAGCACUGGGGCCUUAUACUGCGAGACGUACAACUCCAUCCUCGCUCUGUCCACUGACCUCCAGGCGUCCCGAGCCCUCAUGGUGAUCUCCCUGGUGUUGUCCACCCUGGGCCUGGUCAUUUCCGUCCUGGGUAUGCAGUGCACAGUCUGCCUGGAGGGCUCUGGGGAGUUCAAGAAACGUGUGGCAGGCAUGGGCGGUUGCUUCUUCCUCUCGGCUGGCUUUACGACUCUGGUGCCUGUCUCUUGGACCAUCAACAAGGUCAUCCAGAACUUUUACAGUCCCACCGUGCCUGCCACUCUCAAGUUCGAACUAGGCGAUUGUCUCUACUUGGGCAUAGUCUCGGCCCUGGUCUCCAUGUUGGGGGGCGGCAUGUUGGCCGUGUCCCUCUGCGAGGGGAAGGAAGGUGGAGGAAACCGGAGGAGACGUUAUACGGGCGGAGGGUACCCAUACCCAGUCGGCAGUGGUGGUGUACCCGUUGUACGAAACCCCACCGCCCUGCAAAUGGGAGGAAUCAGCGCAAACAGUGGAGGACAGACGAUUAUUCGAAGUGGCAGCGGGAGUUCUGGGGGGGUGCAUGUGAAACCUGUAGCAGCAGGGUACGACGUCACAGGAUACGUGUGA